AAUGCCCCAAAGCAGCUAGGGAAAAGACUAAAGUGGCACUAUUGUUCUGCCAGAUCAGCUUUCAUCUCUCCAGGACACUGCACCAUCAGAGGGGUCUUACCCUCACAAGAGCUCCACACUCUACAGCCAAGAAAAUGACAUUUGAUCACAAUACGUCAAACCACAAUGACACACUGUGGUUCUAUGAAUGUUCCCUUGACCUGAACCGGCAAUCUCGGCGCAUUGCACUGUUCCUGCUCUACCUGUUCUUGUUCAUGGUUGGAUUGAUCGAGAAUUGUGUGGUGGUUUGGGUAAACUGGCGCCGGCGACAUUCAGCCAGCGGUGUGCUCUUCUGUAUUAUCAACGUCAGUCUGUCCGACCUGAUGGUGAUCAUCACUAUGCCAUUCUUCAUGCUAGAGAACGCCAUGGGGGAGGUUUGGGUUUGGGGCCGAUUUCUGUGCAAGGUCACGCACUUCAUCUAUGUCAUCAACUUCUACAGCAGCUCCUUCUUCCUGGCCUUCAUGACUCUGGAGCGGUACCUGACCUUAACACGACCAAACACACCCACCUGCUUUCCACUGCAGCCCAGACACCGGAGAUGGCUGCUGUGUGGUGGAGUGUGGGUUCUGUCUGUGCUGCUGGCACUGCUCGAAAAUGUCCACGUGGACCUGAUGGAGUGGGAUGAACCUGGCUGCUACAUGGUGCCUGAGAUGCACUACACAGAAUGGUUUGUCACUGUUGCCUUCUUCUGCCUUAUCUUCCAGUUUUUGGGGCCUGUGUCAGUUAUCAUUACGUGUAACGUCCUGAUUGCACGGAUUGUGCGUGCUUCUCCAGAUGUGCAGAAUCAUAGGGACCUUUGGCUGUUGCGCAUGUACUCACUCGUCUUUGUGGCUUGCUGGCUACCCUACCAUGUUCUAAUAUUCCUGAUAAUGGUAGAUGACCUGAAUCCACAUAUUAUGUCCUGCAACACUGUAGAUGUACUGUACUUCUCUUUCAACAUUGCAGAGUGCAUCUCGCUCUUUCAUUGCAUUGCCAACCCCAUUCUUUAUAACUUCCUCAGCAAGAGCUUUCGUGCCAACCUCAUCAAUGAUAUUCUUUCCCAUAUCUCCUCUGCAUCUGCCAACACAGCUGAUGGCGCAGGGACAGUAUCACGAAAAGGGAGAAAGCUCAGCAAUGCCAGCACCAGUCACUCAGAGAUAGGAUCCUGAGGAAGUCUCCAAUACAUCACAAUGAGGUCUCCUGCAAGACAUGAGGAAGCAGUAUAUAAUUAUGCUGCUAUGAAGAAAACAUUUUCCAAAUGCUAUCAAAAUAAGUGGUUUACAAAUGUCCAUGUCUCUGUGUCCUAGGGUUAACAUCUCCAUGUAGCUAAAGAGACCAUUUCAGAACAAUUAUUCAGAUUUUUUUUCUAAAUCAUAAACGAAGGGCUUGGCGAUCAUGCUCCCUUCUAAAACCUUCUCAGUGCAAGAACCAGUAGCCAUUAAGAAAGAACAUUUUCAGACACUAAAUGGUUUGCUUUUAUUGCUUGUGAACAGUGAAGAUGGAAGGCUCAAUGGAGUCAAAAGUGAGUGUAAAGAACCAGCUUUAGAAAUUCCUGUCAGUGGAUUUAAAAGAGGAAGGAAGCAAACUCCCUACAUUACACUCCCACAUGAAGCUGCUGAGAAACAUGCCACAGAUAAAAGGAAGUGUAGCCGUCAAAGAUUUGCAGAGGAUGAUAUCUGUAUGCUGGACAAAAUAAACAACUUGGCUUCACUACUAGAA